AUGACCGAGCAAAAUGGUCCUGAAAGGGAUUUGGUCUCUCUUGCGAACGGUCCGCCACCGGUCAGAUAUGCUCUUGCUCACGUUGAACCUUCCAGGUUAACUCAGUCUUCGAACAGCUACCAUGCGGACCCGCGAUCACGUAUUUAUGCUACUUUCGAAGAGGCGCGAAGUCAGAUGGAAACUCUUUACGGAGGCUUCUUUGGGCCCUACAAGCUGAUUAUAUCCGGUGGCCCGUGCUGGUUAGGGGGAAAGAAGAUUGACAGCGAAAAGAGAACAAAAGCAAAUCGAUACAAAUGUUCAGUGGAACUUUGCAAUUGGAGAGCCCAGAUACGUACAUUCGAUUGUCCUGACAAUCACUUUACGAGUGUCUAUGCUAUUUACAUCACCUCAAGCAGUCAACACAAUCACGACUUUACCCGGGCACCGAAGCAUCAUACCGAUCAAUACGGAUUGCCUCCAAUCAUGAAGCAACUUGCUUCAUUCUUUGUAUCUUCUCAGUGGGAGAACAGAAGACGUAUGGUCCUGGAGAUUGCCCCCAACGAGAUUACAUCAUUCAUUUUGUCUACGAUAUUCCGGGAACACGUUGCUUAUCAGCAUCUAGUGGACUCCAACACCAAGCGAUAUCACUUGGCAAACCAGAUCACCAAUCAUCUACGAGUUGUGAAAAGGAAUUACAUCAAGAAAGCAAUUGGUAUGGAGUGUAUUAUGGAUACCGAUGCACUUUCCCGUGUCCUGGCAUUGUAUCGAUUUGUCAUACCUUUUGGUUACCUUCCAAGAUCGGAUUACACUUCACCAGAUCAGCUAUGCGAGGCUCUCCGUGUGCCUGGAGUCGAAUCGGGGCAUAUGUUUCUGUUCAGUUUGUCCGAAGGCGUAAUUGUUGAAAGAUACAAGAAACGCAUUGUUGGUUACGGAACAAGGGACAUAGAGCAUUUUGAGAAAAGAGUGGAGCAAUGCUUCUUCGCUGUUUCUGUGGGAAGUCUAUGGCAAUUGAUGCACUUCUCCAAUCGUCCACCUGGAACAAGACAAAUCUGUUCUGACGGAACCGGAGGAAUCAGUCAAGAUUUUGCUCCAACCAUUAUCUGUGGUGGACUAUCACAGAAAUUCAGGGACGACCAAUCCAAGGUUACAUCAUCCAUUCGGCCGUUUGCAUUCAUGAAGGGUUCUGAAGCCAUACAUCCGUAUUUGUUGCAUCUCUACUGUCUACGUGAUAUCUGUCGUCAGUUGUUUGGCACCCAUUUCACUAUUGACUGUGGAAUGUCGGAUCAUUCCUCUGCGUUUGUGACUUCCCAUCGCCAUUAUCGAUUGUGGCCGGAAGUCUGCGAUCUAAAUUGGAAUCCCAAGAACGUUUCCAUCACGGAGCAACAAUCGCAGACAAUCUCUACCUCUAGCAUUCUUUCCUGGAAUCGCUUGGAAAGCAAUUUGGCAAAUCAAGUUGCCAUGAAACACAAUGUAUCGGGGGAUAUUCUUUCUUCAGACAAGGAUGUCAAGCGGUCAUCAAGAAAUCACCCUUUGUCAUUCCCAGGCGUCAUUGUUUCUGUCCCAACUGGUACUUCGAAAGCAUCCAAAAAAGGUAGACAACUCAAGGAGAACGUUGGGUAUCUUAAGCUCGUGACAACAAAGUUCCCUCAAUUUGUCCAGCCAAAUCAUGCCAAGAACACUACCCUUGCGGAAGUACUGAAAGCUUUAAUCGAAGAGAAGGCAAUCGCGAAGAAGCGGAAAACGUCCGGAAGUCAGACAAAGCUUUCGAAGCCAACCUAUCCAACAGCCUAUCACAUGAUUCAAUGGAUACACCGGUGUCGAACGGAUCAACAGAGAACAGCUGUAUCAUACCUCGUUCUUCUUGAUUGGAUUACUCGUGGAGAAACAUCUGCUGCUGACUUGUUCUAUCGCUCGUACUUGUCCUUUCCAUUUAAUUGCUGGAAUUACGCUACUACCAAUGAGCAGAUGACCUAUCCCAGUAAUUGUGCUAUGGAGAGCAAUAUGCAUCAUCGAGUAAAGAAGAGUGCUUCUCAAACAAUCAGAGCUAACGUGUCUACGGAAGGUUACAUUAUCGAAACUUUGCCGAAACUGUUUGACAAUUGCGUCAGUUCUGGAAGAGAUCCUUAUCACGGAGGACCGACAGAGAGAUGUCUCUUUGCUGGAAACAUUGAACACUUCAUUCCGAAAACGAACAUUGACCCUGCAAUCCAAGAGUAUUCGAAGACAGCCAAAGCAAUGAUUGAUUCCACGAAAAACAUUUGCCUAUUGAAAUGGAAGAAUGGGAAUAUUGUUGGUGAUUGCAUUGAAUGCUGGAAACAUUGUGGCUACGAUUGUCCAGGUGCCGCGCAUCUACGUAGCUGCAACAAUCUUCUUGAUCAGACAUUGGAGAACAAAAGAAAGGUCAAGUGCAAUUCUCGUGGACUCGUGGCCAAAUCACUUGUUCGCGGAUCACAGCAUCAAAUGUACGUUGGUGGGAGAUCUACUGUCACGGGAAAGAGACGGACUGCACCGGUUAUGUUGAAGUCAACAGAGGCGUUCUUGAACUCUCUUACGUUACCACUGCUUCGAGACACUGCACAGUAUCUUGGCAUUAUGAAAGACUGUCAGAAGAACGGAAACGUAACACGAGAUCAGCUCGCUUCCGUUGUCAUAGAUGAUUUCUUCCGAGACCCAUCGGAAUACCGAAUGCGACGGAAUCGAGUCAAAGUUGAUCCCGCAGACCUACUUGAUGAUCUCUCGGAGGCUUCCUUUGACGUCAAUGGAGCAAUGGAAUCAUUUGACGGCGACGAUGACGAAUUCUUGAACAAGUUCAACGUGGAAAAUUUGUCUUAG